AUGGAUUCCUCCGCACCCGAAACAACGCUCUCCAGCACCAACCUCCAACCAGCAGAGCGACACACCGCAACCACCAUCCCUGCACCCGCAAUAACCAAACCAAAAACCCCAUACCCAAACUACCUGUACUUCGCCUACGGCUCAAAUCUCUCACCAACACAAAUGAAAUCCCGCUGUCGCAUAAACCCCGCCCACUCCGGCAAGCCAUUGGCAAUCGCAACGCUGCCACGAUGGCGCUGGCUAAUCUGCGAAGCCGGCUAUGCGAAUGUCCUGCCACAGCCUGGUCUGCGCGUCCCAACGCAAGAUUCCGAUACCGCGCAUAAAAUUCCCGUUUCCGGGACCGAGGAUGCUGUCUACGGCGUGCUUUAUCAGAUGGAUCUGGGUGAUGAGCGCAUUCUAGAUGGGUAUGAGGGUGUUGAUGCCGGUGCUGCCGAUGCGAAACCCCAUUCGGGUGUUCCUGUCCAUGUUAGACCGAAGGUGCAGGGUUCUGGGUCGUACAAUAAGUGGUUUGUAGAAGCGGAUGUUGUGAACUGGUUAGAUGGGGCAGAAGAAGUGAAAGCAAGUCUUGGGAAUGAGGACGGCAAGAUGCCGGUGCUGGUUUAUGUUGAUGAGAACUGUGUUCAGCUGGCCGGGCCGAAACACGAGUACAUCGCUCGGAUGAAUCGGGCUAUUCGGGAAUCUGUGGAGUUGGGGGUUCCGAUAAGCUGGGUGGACCAGGUGAUGAGGAAAUUCAUUCCUGUGGAGUAA